GCUCACGGCGCUUGUGUGUGAGUUUGCUGGUGAGCUGCCUUGGUGCUUUUGCUGCGUGGUGCUGGAUGAUGGCUGCGUCGAAGCCUGUAGAGCCUCAGUCCGGGAGUGGGCUCCCCCGCUGGCAGCUGGCACUUUUAGUAGGGACCCCAAUCGUCCUCGGCGUUGGAGCGGUGUACCUCUGGAACCGAAGCCGUGGCAAAGAGAAGCAAGGGAAAAGGAAUGGGGAAAGGAAAACUCCCGAAGGCAGCGCUAGCCCAGUUCAGGGCCAGCACGGUGCCAGCAACCCAGAGCUUGAGAACAUGAGUCCUCUUGACAGAGCACAGUCUGCUAAGAAUAAGGGCAACAAGUAUUUCAAGGCUGGCAAAUAUGACCAAGCUAUCCAGUGCUACACGGAAGCCAUCAGCGUGUGUCCCAAAGAACAGAAGGGAGAUCUGUCCACCUUUUAUCAAAAUAGAGCGGCAGCCUUUGAGCAACAGAUGAAAUGGACAGAGGUCAUACAGGACUGCUCUCAGGCAGUGGAGCUGAAUCCUCGCUAUGUGAAAGCACUUUUUAGGCGAGCCAAAGCAUUAGAAAAAUUGGAUAACAAGAAGGAGUGCCUAGAAGAUGUGACUGCAGUAUGUAUUCUGGAAGCUUUCCAGAACCAGCAGAGCAUGCUACUGGCUGACAAGGUGCUGAAACAAUUGGGAAAAGAGAAGGCCAAAGAGAAAUACAAGAACCGGGAGCCCCUUAUGCCAUCUCCUCAGUUUAUCAAGUCCUAUUUCAGCUCUUUUACUGAUGACAUCAUCUCCCAGCCCCUACAGAAGGGUGAGAAAAAGGAUGAGGAUAAAGACAAAGAGGGUGAAGCUGCAGAAGUCACAGCAAGCUCGGGCUACCUUAAGGCUAAACAGUAUAUGGAGGAGGAGAACUAUGAUAAGAUCAUCAGUGAGUGCACAAAGGAGAUAGAGUCUGGAGGCAGGUACACAGCUGAAGCACUUCUGCUAAGAGCCACCUUCUAUCUGCUGAUUGGCAAUGCUACAGCUGCGCAGCCUGACCUUGACCGUGUCAUCAACAUGGAUGAUGCCAGUGUCAAGUUGCGUGCCAAUGCACUUAUUAAGCGUGGAAGCAUGUUCAUGCAGCAACAGCAGCCCCAGCUUUCUACGCAGGACUUCGAUAUGGCUGCAGAAUUAGACCACCGUAAUGCAGAUGUAUACCACCACAGGGGACAGUUAAAGAUUCUAUUGGACCAGGUAGAGGAGGCUGUGGGAGAUUUUGAUGAAUGUAUAAAACUUCGACCAGACUCUGCUCUUGCCCAGGCCCAGAAGUGCUUUGCAUUGUACAGACAGGCCUACACUGGAAACAACCCAUCCCAGGUUCAAAAAGCCAUGGAUGGAUUUGAGGAUGUCAUUAGGAAGUUUCCAAAGUGUGCCGAGGGCUAUGCUCUAUAUGCACAGGCACUAACUGACCAGCAGCAGUUUGGUAAAGCAGAUGACAUGUAUGACAAAUGUAUUGAACUAGAACCUGACAAUGCUACAACAUAUGUACACAAAGGGCUGUUGCAGCUUCAGUGGAAACAGGAUCUUGAAAUGGGUCUUGAACUUAUUAGCAAAGCCAUUGAAAUUGACAACAAAUGUGAUUUUGCUUAUGAAACGAUGGGAACCAUUGAAGUCCAAAGAGGCAAUCUGGACAAGGCUAUAGAUAUGUUCAACAAGGCCAUUAACUUGGCCAAGUCAGAGAUGGAGAUGGCCCAUCUCUACUCCCUGUGUGAUGCUGCUUAUGCCCAGACCGAGGUGGCCAAGAAGUAUGGUCUCAAACCUCCCACGCUAUAACUCUUGCCACUUUUCAUCACUAUCUACUGCCGGGCCAGAUUACACAUCCCAUAUCCCAAGUUUGAUUUCUUUAACUUUAUAAAAAAAAAAUCAUCAAUGAAAAUGAAGGUGGAACAGCUUCUGCUACCAUAAGUUUUCACCAGUGUUGACAGGAGGACUGCAAGCUGGCAUGGAAAUGAUGUGGGAGUGGUGUAUGGAGCAACAGAAUUUAAAAGUGGCAAACAAUGAGAAAGAUUGGUUGAAAGAAACUGAUGGCUUCUCUGUUGGAUAUUACAUCAUAGGUGGUUAAGUUUGCAUAAGUCUUGUGACUUAUGAACAGCACUAAUUUGUUCAUGUUCCACGUUCCUUGCCAAUUGGUGUGACAAAUGUGAAUCUUUUUGAUUUAAUUAACUCAUCACAAUGGACUAGAAUUUGCAAUCAGUCAUUUUUACUUUUUUAUUUUUCUUUCUAGACACCAGGUUCAGUAAUUAAAGUCAGUGUACAUCAUCAGCAGGACUGCAUUAUAGAUUCAUGGUUUGAUUCUGUAAUAUGCAAAGUUUUGUCCUAUCACUGUCAUGUCCUAGCACCCUAUUUUCAUCGUUGUAUGGGAAAUGCAGGAUUAAACUUUUAGUUCAUGUAUUUGUGUUAUAACCUAUAAGUUCUUACUUUGUUGAAAGGCGGUUAUGUCAAGCUGAAGUUAUAAAACGGGCUGUAGAGUAAUUAUUUGUUUUUUUGCCCUGCAUUUUGGGAUUAUCUGGGAUUGUUGCUUUUUCUUUUAAUAUUCUGUGCAGCAUCAGUGUUUCACUAAAAAAUAAAUGUCAAUGUAAAUUAUUACAAAUAUUAUAAUCCUAUACACAAAGGUCAUCCUUCUCAGAAAAGCAUAAUUAUUUGAGUAUUUUUUUCAAGGGAAAAAAUAAUUUUACCCAAUGAUUACAAAAUAAAGCACUAAGAUUUUUAAAAGAAGCUUAGCUUCAACAAUUUAAUGUAAUGUUUUUGUGCAAGAGAAUCUAUAAACAUUGUAAAUCAUCAAAAAAACAUUCCUUUAAUUUUUUAACUGCACAUUUUGUUUAGAUGCUCUGUGAAAUAAAAAAUACAUGGCGGGGUA